CUCAGAUGCGUCUCUCUUCAGUUUCCCAUGCAAAUAAGUCCUUCGAGUCCAACAUCCAAGGACAUUUGCUCGCCGCAUCAACAGCAGACCUUCCUUUGCUCUGGGUUCUGCCCCAUCUUUGAGUCUUUCCCACUCUUCUCUGAUCUCAUUUUCUUUCCUCAUAAAACCAACCAGCACAAGAGGGACAGAGAGGCAGCCUUCUCAGGAUCUGAGCUAUGCUUUCCCAAACAGCUUCUUUUCUGCUCUUUUUCCUCUGCCAAGCACUUUCACUGCCCUUACCUACUCAGCUGUCAAAGGAAGAUGAAAAGGUUAUUAAGUGCAUCUCCGAAAUCUUAGCAGACACCCUUUCCAGACCCAGCCCAAUCCCAGUGACCAGUGAAUGCAUGAAGAUCCUGAGGGAGGAUGAGAGAGUCCUCGCGAUGCUUCACCAUCAGCAUCUGCUGACGGAGUUGGAGGAACUUACCCAUCAAGAAAAUGCAAAGCAUCGCCUGGACGAGGGAAGUAACCACAAUGCUUGGGAAGAAGAGCAGCAAGGAGAAAUCAAGAAGAAGGAUGAGCCUGCCCGGCAGAAAGAAGCUGCCCAUGAGAAGAUGGAAGAGCACGCUGAAGAAAGGAAAAAAGAAGAGGAGGAGGAGAUGAACAAGUAUGAGAAAACUAAAAACACAAAAGAGAAAAUCAAGGUCUCCCAAGGGGAGGAUCUUCAGGAGACUUUGGAGGAACAGGCUGAAGAGGAGCAGCAGGAGGAGAAAGAAAUAAAGAAGAGGAGCUCCUCAGAGACAUGGUCUUCAAAGGAAAAUUUUGGCCACAUCAAGAAGAGAGGUCCUAGGCAGCCCAAAAUCAGAAAGGGAAUGCUGGAGGAAGAUGAAGAAGGCUGGAACAGACAUGAAAUGAUCAAGAGACGCCUUAGGUUGGGUGAGGAAGAGAAUGAUGACACCUCAGAAGAGGAGCAAAAGAAAUACCAUCAUGGAGGAUAUCAUGAUCAUGAGAAUUGGGAGGAAGAGGAGAAAAGAUUUGAUAUGGCUAAGAGAGUGGCUGAGAAGGCUAGUGAUGAGGAGACAGCCCAGUUUGAAGAAGAAGAGAAAGAGAAAGGUCUUAAAAAUUCCAACUCCAAGGCCCACCUCCAUAAAGACUGGAAGCCAUGGCAGGAAGAAGCAGAGGAGGAGGAGAACCACAGCAAGAUGAGACAUGGCCACCACCAUAAAUCAGUUGGCUUGGACCUCAGGAAGAGACAUUGGAAGGAUGAAGUUUAUCUGAAUGGUAGACACCAUGAUCCUGAUGAGGAUGAGGAAGAAAAGGAAGCCAGCCAGAGUAAGGCUCAGGAGCUGGAGAAACUGGAAGAGAUUGAACGGGAGCUGAAGUGGGCUGCCGACAAGCUAGAAGAACUGAAGAGGGGGUAAAUCCUUCAGCCGUCUCAGGAGCUGGGGAGGGUGGGAAAAAUCAAAGGAACAGCAGCUCUCUAUUAACUUCCUAUCAACAGCAGAACUCUAUUAGCCUUCUAUCAGUCCCCCCUCCUUUCUCUAUAACCCCUCUGUUCAGCUUGGCUUUAGACUGUUAAUGAAGUGGCUUACGAUAACGGUAAUAAAUGUCCACCUGGUCAGCAUUUUGCCACAAAGCAGGGAGUCACUUACUUCCCGUGUAAAGAGCUGGCUCUGGCCACAGGGGACUGUUCUAGGAACACUUUGUUCCAAGCCUAUGCUUUCCCGUUGACCGCUGUUCUCCAAUCUCUGCUUGCUACUCCAGGGUUAGAGACAAAGACUUUAGAGGGCUGGUGAAUAAGUUUGCAUUACGGCCUUUCUACGUUGCAAUUUUUGGCAUGGUCAAACAACAAGCCUGUCGUUCCUGUGUUGUGUAUCAAGAUAAAAAUAUUGGUUAAAUCAGUGU